AUGGAAAGCAAACAGUGUAAACUAAUUUUCAGUGAUUGCUGUAAAGGAAAAGAAAAUUUAGCACACAAUGGUGAAGAUCAUGUUGUAAAUGAUAAUAUAUAUAAUGAGCAAAACUAUUAUGGAAAUAAUCAAGGGUAUAUAUACAAAGGUGAUACUAACUAUGUAUAUAAAAAUAGCGACGAUUGCAUGGGGUAUGAAUAUGGAAAUAACCAAGGGCAUAUAUACAAAGGUGAUACUAACUAUGUUUAUAAAACUAGUGAAGAUUGUAUGGGGCAUGAAAAUGGAAAAUAUAUGGAUCAAAAUAAUAACAACUAUGUAUAUAAAACUAGUGAAGAUUGUAUGGGGUACGAAUAUGGAAAUAACCAAGGGCAUAUAUACAAAGGUGAUACUAACUAUGUUUAUAAAACUAGUGAAGAUUGUAUGGGGUAUGAGUAUGGAAAUAAUCAAGGGUAUACAUACAAAGGUGAUACUAACUAUGUUUAUAAAAGUGAGGAAAUGCAUGCACAAAAGAAUGAUGAAAUUCCAGUAAUAAAUGUUCAAGGAGAUCAACCAGUAUUUAACAUUCCUGUAUAUCAAGAUAAAUAUAUAAGAGAUAAAAUAAUUGAAACACCAAAAUAUGAAUUCCAAGAUGUAGUACAACCAAAAUAUUAUAGACAAGAAGCAAAUCAUGAUGUCCCAUGUGUUGAAUUAUUAUUUAAAGAAAGAAAUAUAAAUAUGCCAAAGGAAAAAAUAGUAGAAAAUAAAGUUGAAGUAAAUGUGCCUAUUGGAUACACACCUAUAUAUUCCCCUGUAUGGGAUGUAAGAGAAAUACCAAGAGUUAUACCAAAAUAUGAAGGAGAACAAAAAAUAAUAGAAGUUGAAGUACCUCAAAUAAAAUAUAUAGACAAAUAUGUAGAGAAAGAAAUAGUUGUAGAUAUAAAAGAAAAAAUUAUUCCUAAAGUUACAGAAAUAGAAAAACAAGUAGAUAUAGUAAAAUAUGAAUGGAAAGAAAAAUAUCAAGAUGUUCCUGUUUGUAAAUAUGUACCUAAAAUAGAUGUAGAGUUAGAUUGUCCAUCCCCUUUAAUAGUACCAUAUCCUGAAGUACAUUUUCAAAAUACAUCUGAAAUUAUGAACCCAAAUCAAAAAUCAAUAGAUAUAUCAAACGAAAUAUUGAUAAAUAAUUUAAAUUCAUAUAAUACUAUCCGAAACAAACAUGUAGAUGAGUCAAUAAAAAGAUCGAUGUUAGAAAUGGGAAGAUUGCCAAAUAAAAUGAUAAACCAAAAUAAUGAUCACAUCAGAAAUUUCAAUGAUAAAUUUUCAGAAUUAAAUAACAUAAAUAUGAAUAAAAAAAAUAAAAAAAUGUGGCCUUUUUGUACAUUUAAUAAUUGUAUAAAUAAUGAGCCAAAAAUAAAUGGUUCUGAUGAUAUAGAUCCCAAAACAGGAUAUCCAGUAUCUAUGCCAAAAAAUUUUGCUUCAUUUUUUAAAAAAGAUUUAAACUCGGUAAAGAGUCAAAUGAUGCAAUACAAAAAUCAAAAUGAUAAAAAAAAUGAAACAUCAAAUAAUAUCAUAGAAAAUAGUCCCGUUAGUCCAACUAUUGAAUAUAUAGGAAAAAUAGAUAAACCACCAGUUGAUGGAGGAAAAUUAGAUUCUAUAUCAUUUAAAUUACAUGCUAUUGAAGUACAUCAAUUUAUACCUGUACCUAAUUUACCAAAACCACAAUUUUUAGAUUUAGUCCCACCUGAACAAUUUGAAAAUAAUGAUAUAUCUUCUCUCCAUAAUAUUUUUGGAAAAACAUCUGAAGAUUGGGUUGAUCCACAAAUUACAGGAUACAUAGCACCUAUGAUGAAUGACAUAUUACAUGGAAAUAUACAACCUCAAACUCCAUUGUUUAACAAAUUAAGUAUUGGCAAUAGUCCAAAACAAAAUGAUGCCCCAUCUAUCAAUGCUCCCUCUUCUUAUAGCCAAGAUGAAGAAAACAAUGAUCGAGUAGCCAAAAAUACAAACAGCAGUAUAGCUAGCGAACACAUCUAUACUGGGCACAACCAAAUAAUUCAUGAAACAAAUGAAAUGAAUGACAACAAAAUGGAUUAUGAUAAUUAUAGUGGACAUUUUAGUGAUAACUACAAUGUAAAUUAA